AUGCCACCAUCGCCGGGCAGCAUGCAAACUAAUGAAUGGAGCUGCCAUCCGCCGCGGUCUCCAGCAGAAGUUAAUCCUGUGCCCGAGAGAUGGCGUUCGAUGCGGGACGCAUAUAUCCCGGAAAGGGGUGUUAGCAUGUCGAACUGGACGACGCAGAGCGCAAGAGACACGCGUCUGGAAGACGAACUGUUUGGCGCCUGUAGCACGGGAAUCAAUUUCGACAAAUACGAGGAGAUUCCGGUAGAGGCGACCGGGCAGAACGUACCGAGCUGCAUUAACAAGUUUAGCGAACUUCAAAUGCACAAAUGGAUUAUGGAGAAUAUUGAUCUAUGCCAUUACGAAAAACCGACUCCCGUUCAGAAAUUUGCCAUACCGACUGCUCUUGCCGGUCGGGAUCUUAUGGCUUGUGCGCAGACGGGGUCUGGCAAGACUGCGGCGUUUUUGCUUCCGAUCAUUAACCACAUUCUUUGCGGAGGUCCAGAAAUGCUGCGCAGAGUACAGACGAUUCCUAACGGACGUCGCCGUCAUUUUCCGGCCGCCUUAAUUUUGGCACCGACGCGCGAACUUACUCUUCAGAUAUUUAACGAAUCUCGUAAAUUUGCGUAUCGUACUCCAAUUCAGUCGGCCAUCCUGUACGGGGGACGCGAAAAUUACCGGGAUCAGAUUCAUAAGCUGCGCCUCGGAUGCCAACUCUUGGUGGCUACACCGGGUCGUUUGAAUGACGUAAUUGAACAAGGCUACAUCGGCCUCGAAACCUGCAGAUUCCUCGUUCUGGAUGAAGCAGAUAGAAUGCUUGACAUGGGCUUUGAGCCCCAGAUUCGUCAGAUCGUGGAGAUGAGCGGCAUGCCUUCUCGUUCUCACCGUCAGACGAUGAUGUUCAGUGCUACGUUUCCACGUGAAAUUCAGCUUCUAGCACAGGACUUCUUAGUGCCGGAAUACGUUUUUCUCGCUGUUGGUCGUGUCGGUAGUACAUCAGAGAACAUCACCCAACGUGUCGCUUGGGUUGAAGAACAGGACAAACGUGCUUGUCUUCUGGAUCUUCUGAACGCCGAACCUCCUGGCGCAUUGACCCUUGUCUUCGUGGAAACGAAAAGAGGCGCUGCGGAACUGGCCAACUUCUUGACCCGCGAAAACUACAACGUCGUAGCUAUCCAUGGCGACUUGAAGCAGUGCGACCGAGAACGUCAUCUUGAGUCCUUCCGAUCAGGACAAACGCCAGUGCUGGUUGCAACUGCGGUCGCAGCUAGAGGUUUGGACAUUCCCAACGUAAAACAUGUGAUCAAUUACAAUCUUCCGUCGGACAUCGAUGAGUACGUUCAUCGCAUCGGGCGUACGGGACGCGUCGGAAAUACCGGCCUGGCUACUUCUUUUUUCAACGACAAGAACCGCAAUAUUGCACGUGAACUGGCCGAACUAGUGCUCGAGGCCAAUCAAGAAUUACCUGAUUGGCUGGAACGUCUGGCACGCGAGCAUCCUCGGCAGGUGCACCAUGGUGGUUCGAAGCCGCGCGGUCAACGGAAGUAA